UAUGUUCUAUGUGCCAAAGGUCACAAUCUUGUAUGUGUUUCAAGUGUCAAUUAAAUUUUUUACUUGUACAAAAUUGCGUUCAUAGAUUGUAUUUGUUCUGUGAGACAUGCCCUUUGUUACCUGUACGUUUUAAGUGCCUUGGGAGAAUAUAAUAGUUUGAUGAUUACAAUAUUAUGAUAUAGCCCGUUAUAUUUCAAAAUAACUAAUACUGGUGUUGUAUUCGUUAAGUUUUCUUUUUCAUUUGUUUAAUUGUGUUAUUAUGGAUACUGAAAGUAUACAUAUUUUACGAAGUGGUAAAAAAAGAAGAAAUGAUCAGACUAAAAAAAGAAUUAGUGGAAAAUCGUAUGCGACCAGGAAAAGCAAUAAUACAAUUCAGGAAAUCCCGACACCGUUAUUAGAGCCUACAUGUAAAUGCAAAUAUGAAUGCAAAAAUAUUUCAUGGGAGUGGAAAUUGAAAUUGUUUAAUGACUACCACCGUUUAGCAAAUGAUAGUGAACAGGGUACCUACAUAUUAGGACUAAUUCAGGUUACCGAAAUAAACAGACGUCGUCAUGGUCAAUACUCACAUCCAUCACACAGUCAUAAACAGUGCACAAUAAAAUAUACAAUUCCAAAUGAUGAAGGAGGAGUUAGUCAAGUAUGCAAAACCACAUUUCAAAAUAUUCUCGGUGUAAAACAUAGAUUUCUGCAAACUUUACAAUCGAAAAAAAAACAAGGUUUAUCAGUUUAUAAAGAUGCUCGGUUAGGUAAUCCUAAACGAAAAAGUUUUAGUAAUGAAAAUAGACAACAAAUCAUUGAUCAUAUUAACAGUUUUCCUAGAAAUGCUAGUCACUAUGGUCGUUAUAAAUCUAAAAAAGAGUACUUAAGUCCAGACUUAAAUUACAGCAGAUUAUUUCCCUAUAUAUGGGAGGGCUUCAAAUAUAAAAAAUGCAUAUAA